CGUUGCUUCAUCCCGGAACUGGUUGGGCGUCGGUUUCUCUAAGUGUCGUCUCUGCUCGACUUGGGUGGGUGGGGGUUUCCUCGCCGCCAUGGCUAGCCCAGAGCCCCGCUACCCCUCUUCCUCGAUCGUGGAUGACUUCAAUUAUGGCAGCUGCGUGGCCUCUGCCAGCGUGCACAUCCGAAUGGCCUUUCUAAGAAAAGUCUACAGCAUCCUUUCUGUGCAAGUUCUCUUAACUACAAUGACAUGCACAGCUUUUUUAUACUUUGAGGCUAUACGGACAUUUAUACAUGAAAGUCCUGCCUUAAUUUUGGUGUUUGCCUUUGGAUCUUUGGGUUUGAUUUUAGCAUUGACUCUGAACAGACAUAAACAUCCCCUUAACCUGUACCUCCUUUUUGGAUUUACAGUACUGGAAGCUCUGGCUGUGGCCACUGUUGUCACUUUCUAUGAUGUGUAUAUUAUUCUCCAAGCUUUCAUACUGACUACUGCAGUAUUUCUUGGUUUGACUGCAUAUACUCUCCAAUCUAAGAGGGAUUUUAGCAAAUUUGGAGCAGGACUAUUUGCAGCUUUGUGGAUUUUUUGCUUAUCAGGAUUCUUGAAGUUAUUUUUUUAUAGCGAAACAAUGGAGCUGGUUUUGGCUGCUGGGGGAGCCCUUCUUUUCUGCGGAUUCAUCGUCUAUGACACUCACUCACUGAUGCAUAGGCUGUCACCUGAAGAAUACAUACUGGCUGCCAUCAGCCUUUACUUGGAUAUCAUCAAUCUGUUCCUGCACCUGUUACGUUUGUUGGAAGCAGUUAAUAAAAAGUGAUCGAAAGCAAUGUACAGAAACUGUUUUAUUAAGUAUUAAAGUUUGAGAUAUAAUUGCAUAUAAAAUACUUUUAUAAUCUUUAUUUGCACUCUACUUUGGAGGUUAAAUAUCAAAAUUCUGUUACUUUUUUCAACCCUAAAUUUGCCAUACGUAGAUUGUUCAUCUGCAAUACAAAAAUAAUUUCAUGAGUAGAUUAGAUUAAGAAUAUUAGUUUGUUUAAAAAAAAAAAGAAUAUUGGUUUGUUUUUGUCUAAUUUAAAUUUUUCCUUAAUUAACAUUAGAUUUUAUGAGUCUAAAAUACUAGUGUCUUUACUAUUAUAAAGUAUAAAUCUCCUUUUACUAGAUUUUUAUUUAGAAAAAAAUAUAUAAAAGAUAAAUUUCACAGAUAAUCAGCACAGUAUUAAAAUGUUAAUGCCAUUUCAUUAUAAAAUAAUGUAUUCAAAAUUAAAGAUCUGCUUUAAAGUCAGAUAUUAUGACAUAAAAUUUUAUUUUAAUUAUUUUUUUAAGUACAGGUUUCACUUUUAAAAUUAUAACCUUCUCGUGUAGAGGACCCAAAAAUACUCAUUUAUCGUUAGUCAUAUUUAUUAGGGGCUGAGCUGUUCAUAUGUCAUUAAAUAUAUUUCAGAAUAAAGAUAUCUGAAAAAUA